AUGCUUCUCGAAAAAGGAUGGUUGCGAAGGAAGUACCUGUGGGACAACCCCACGAGGUUCACCGGGUUUGAUGUGACCAAGACCUGCGAGUACCACAUGGGAGAAAGGGGGCAUGAUGUAGAUAGUUGCAAUGUGCUAAGGUACAAAGUCCAACAGUUACUGGACAAAAACAUUUUGACGUUUAAGGAAGCUCAGCCUAAUGUGCAACAGAACCCCCUACCGGACCAUGCGGAGGGAGUGAACUCAAUCUUUGAGGAGACACAGGCAAGUCAACAGCCUCUAGUUGCGAAUGCUUCCAAGUUGUAUGAGUCCUUAGUGUCGGCAGGAUACUAUGGAGGUCAUCAGGAUGUCACCCCGGAAGAGAAACUGAACCGCGUCCGCAGGAUGGUAGCCAUGGGGGUAAUUCGAUGCGGAGAAGAGGAAGAGAAUGUCGUAUCCAUGAUAGUCCCGUCAUCAUUCCACUCAUCUUUUUGCAACAUUGCUCGUAUAUCUCGAGCGAAGAAGAUUAUGCCUGGAAUUUCGAAGACCCCGGCUUUGUACGAGGAAGGGAUGAUAGCUAUGAUAACUCCGAUGGUGAUUGAACUAUCGGAUGAGGAGAUUGCCGGCGAUAUCGAGAUGGGAAUCGCUGAACCCACAGUGAUUGACCUUAUGGUCGAGGAAAUGUUAGCAAUCGAAGUCACGGAAGGGAAUGUAACGCCAGUCACAAUUGAAUUGCCACCACGGGAGGAAGAUGGAGUAAUAGUGUUGGAGAGUCCUCCUAAAUUCGAUCCCAAAGCUGCACCUUGGGAUUAUCAAACAAAUGAGGUAGACGCUAUCACACGAUCGGGCCGCUGUUAUGCACCCGAUAAAGGAAUAGAAAAAAAGGUCGUGACUGAGGAGGAAGCGAAGCAAUUCUUGGCCAUAGUAAAAUCUAGCGAGUUCAAUGUGGUAGAUCAACUGCGGAAGUUGCCAGCCCAAAUCUCCCUCCUAGAGUUGUUGAAAUCCUCCGAGAAGCACAGGGACAUCUUGCUGAAGGUCCUCAACGAGGUACACGUACCCGAAACAAUUGAUGAAGUCCAAUUGGAAGAGUUUGUCGGAGCAAUUCUACUGAAAGACCAGAUUUCCUUUACGGAUGAGGAUCUCCCUCCCGAUGGUCCUAAUCAUACCAAAGCACUACACAUCUCAGUGAAGCAUGAGAGCACUCUUGUUUGUAGAGUGUUGAUUGAUAAUGGUUCGGCACUUAAUAUAUGCCCGUUGGCUACCCUCCAUCGUCUGGGCAUUGAUCUUGGGAGAAUCCGUACUGGCAAAUCAACUGUACGGGCCUUUGACGGGAUGAAGAAGGAAGUGAUAGGGGAAAUUGAGCUUGAGUUGUUGAUUGGCCCCGUACUCUUCCAAAUCGUGUUCCAAGUGUUAGAUAUACCAAGCGCUUUUAAUUUUUUGCUAGGGAGGCCAUGGAUCCACACGGCAGCGCCGUUGCCUCUAGCCUCCAUCGAAGGUACGAUUUGUGGUGGAUAA